AUGUCGAAAAAAAGAAAAUACGAUAAAUCAUAUAUGUUAUUUGGUUUUACAUUUACUACCGAACGCGAUGGUACGCAAAAACCACAAUGUUUUAUCUGUGGAAAAAUCCUAGCAAAUUCGAGCAUGAAACCAACCAAACUUAAAGAACACCUAGUUUCGGUACAUCCUCAACAUACAUCAGAUGGUUUGGAAGUCUUUCAAACUAAAAAAGCCCGUUUUGAAAAAUCCGGUACAUUGCCUAAACUUGGAUUUGUACCUCCACAAAAACCAUGUCUCGAAGCAUCUUACAAAGUAGCGUACCGUAUUGCUAAAAAUAAAAAACCACAUACAAUUGGCGAAUCCCUAAUAAAACCAUGUGCAUUAGAAAUGGUAGAACUGGUUUGUGGUAUGGAACAACGCAAAAAAAUUGAAGCUGUGCCUUUGUCAAAUGACACAAUUCACUCAAGAAUUUCUGAUAUGUCAACUAACAUUUUGGAACAAGUAAUUGCGGAAUUAGAUUCAACACAAUUUCCAUUCAGUAUGCAGUUGGAUGAAAGUACAGAUAUUUCUCAAUGCAGCCAAUUAUUAGUUUUUGUACGUUACAUACAUUCUGGAACUUUGAUGAAAAAUGAAAUUCCCGAUAUCGUCAUCACUCAUUGCUUUCUGCAUCGUCACGCUUUGGCAUCAAGAACUCUACCAACCGAUCUAAAAGAGAUUAUGAUGACUGCAGUCAAAGUUGUUAAUUUCAUCAGAUCUAGAGCCUUACAUCACCGACUUUUCAAAGUUUUAUGCCAAGAAAUGGGAGCUGAACAUGAAGUUCUUCUUUACUAUACAGAAGUACGUUGGCUUUCCAGAGGACAAGUUUUGAAACGUUUGUUUGAACUACGAGAUGAAAUUUCUUAUUUUUUAAUAGAAAGGCAAAGCUCACUCUCAAAACAUUUUGAUAAUAUUGAGUUCAUUCAUGGAUUGGCCUAUUUAACAGAUAUUUUUAGUCAUUUGAACGAAAUAAAUACUUCGAUUCAAGGACGAGAAGUGACGAUUAUGGACGCGUCCGAAAAAAUAAAUGCAUUUGUGAAUAAAGUUCCUCUGUGGAAAAGAAGAUUUCAAUCGGAAAAUUUAGCAAACUUUCCAACACUUGAACACGAACUUUCAAAAAAUAAUACUGCUUUGUCUAGUUCCAUACAAACACAAAUUUGUGAACAUCUUGACGUGCUUACAAAUUCAUUUAGCAAUUAUUUUGAUUCUACAUAUUCAAAAGCAGAAAUAUGGUUCCGAAAUCCUUUUCUCGUAGACUUGGAGACAAUUGAUGAUUCAGACCUCGUUAAAGACGAAUUAAUUGAUCUGAGAUCAAAAGAAAUGGCACACCAUGAUUUUCGAACAAAAAAUUUAAUCGAAUUUUGGUGUACGUUGACGAAGGCUUAUCCGCGAGCUGUAUCCAGGGCAAUGCAAUUUUUGAUUCCAUUUGCCACUACAUAUCUUUGUGAGUCAGGAUUUUCUACAAUGGUCACAAUCAAAACAAAAUCAAGAAAUCGAUUGGACAUCAAGGACGAUAUGCGAGUUGCUUUGUCUAAUACGGUCCCAGAUUUCAAAGCAAUAUUGCAGUCAAAACAACAGCAAAUGUCACAUUAA